AUCCUUGCCACAAUGUUCGCUUCCCGGCUGUGUUUGCCGCUGCUCCUUGGGUGGGCCCUGCUUCUGGGGCAGCCGGCGUGGGGGACUGAGGAGGAAGAGCCUCCUUUGGGAGAGCCAAGCGAGGUGGAGCAGUCACUUCCGGAAGAGGAUCUGUUGAUGCUAAGGAGCCCCUGGGACUCGGAUGAACAUGUGGCGAGGAUGGCUACUGCUCAGUUAAGAUAUAUGCAAGAGGAAGCAGCCUACCAGCCACUGCCAGUCUCUCAUUACAUGAAGCAGAUGGCAGUGGCUGAGCUUAACAAGGGAAACCGGUAUGGUGAGCAUUUCUUCAAGCAUUUGGAGGACACCCAGAUUGACGUCAAGAAAGCAAAGGGGGUUAUGGCAUACGUCAGGAUGAUUGUGGAGAAAACCAACUGCACAAGAGAGGAUUUGAGCGGCGAGGAUGGCCCCAGCAUGUACACUAAUCCGUACCUGGACAGCCAAAAUUGUGCACUGCUGCCUGACUAUGAAAAGCAGGAAUAUGACUGCACAUUUCCAAUAUUUAUCGAGGAGGGUUCCAGACAGCCAAUCCCCUUCAGCUAUGACUGCAUGCCUGUGCCAAGAAUCGCCACUGGAAACUCCAAGGAAGAACUGCCGGGAUCCCUUGAGAAAUGAAGAAGACUCUGCCUCAUGUUUGGAUGCUGUUGGCCAGUUGUGCUGGCAGGGGCGGGGGGCAGGGGGGAGC